UUAAAAAAGUGGGCUUCUAACACUGAUGUCAUUUUGGACGCCGUUCCGGUCUCCGACCGUGUAAGCAAACCGACAUCGUUUGACGACGUCGACGGUUAUGGAACAAAAGUUUUGGGGUUGGAGUGGCACCCGGGCGGUGACUACUUUUGUUGCGCGCUUAAUGUUGAUAAACCACCAGUACUUACAAAACGAGGUAUCCUAUCCCUCGUGGCGCGUAUUUUUGACCCGCUAGGUUUUUUUGGACCGGCGGUUUUUAUGGCAAAAACUGUUAUGCAGCGGACGUGGCGGCAAGAUCUAUCAUGGGAUGAUCCCCUACCGCUGGACAUUCGCGAUGAAUGGGUCGCGUUCGUGUUCGACCUGCCGUCGCUAAGAGAUAUAAAAGUACCACGCUACAUCAGCGCGAGCAGUGGGGCACCGUGUUACCUGUUAGGUUUCUGCGACGCGUCGUUGCUCGGGUAUGCYGCAGUAGUGUACGUGCGGAUGCACGACGCGCCGGCGCACCAGUCAGUUUUUUUACUCGGGACCAAAACUAAAUUAGCGCCACUGAAAUCGAUAUCCGUACCGCGCUUAGAGUUAAACGCUGCGUUAUUGUUGGCCCGUUGGCUAGGGCGCCUCCGUAACGUUCUGGAGCCGCAGCUUAACGUGGUUGGAGUCCGCACGUGGUCAGACUCCAUGAUUGUGUUGUCUUGGUUGAAUGUGCCCCAUGAAGCUAUAAAACCUUACGUGUCAAAUCGCGCAUUUCAAAUCCAAUCGUUGUUGCCUGGUUGUAAUUGGCAAUACGUAGAGUCUCAGUCAAAUCCCGCCGAUUGCGCGUCGCGCGGUCUAAUGCCGUCGGCAUUAGCACGUUGUAAUUUGUAUUGGCAGGGGCCGCCUAUCGCGUAUGCAGAUCCGUCGGAGUGGGUCACCUCUCCGCCACUGAUACCUUUGAGUGAACUUCCCGAGAUCAAGCCAAUUUCUUGCGCUGCCCAUAUCGUCACGACACCCACUGAGYGGUUUGAACGUUUUUCAUCAUACGACCGAUUGCUACGUGUAGUAGCUCGGAUGUUGCGUUUUGUUGCCCGUGUGCGUAAUAAGGCUCCACGCACAUCACCUUUCCUACACAAAUCUGAACUUGAUCGCGCUGUGCAGGUGUUGGCUAUCGAGUYGCAGCGAGUACAUUUUGCCGUGUUACAUCACGAGUUGUCUAAUGGCCGUCGGAUAUCAUCUAAGUCGAUGGCGCGCCUGUCCCCGUUUAUUGAUACAGACGGCGUAAUUCGCGUGGGAGGUCGCUUGAGACAUUCUUUGUUGUCCUACGAUUGCCGGCAUCCGAUAUUAUUGUCGAAACGGUCUGUUUUUGCGUUUUUGUUGUGCCGCCGGUGGCAUUUGAUCACAUGUCACGCCGGCCCCCGUGUUUUAGCGGCGCUUAUUUCACGGCAGUUUUGGAUAGUUUCGUUGAGGUCUGUGUUACACCAUGUAUUAACUUCAUGCGUUGUUUGUGCGAGGUUUGAUGCUAAACCGCCAUCUCCGUUCAUGGCUGAUCUACCGGCAACGCGAGUUCAACCUCAACGCCCGUUUUCCUACGUAGGGGUGGACUAUGCCGGCCCAUUACAAAUGCGCGAACUUCGAUUGCGUAAAUCGCGUGUGUACAAGGUAUACAUCGCCGUAUUUAUAUGUUUUACAGUGAAGGCCGUUCACCUCGAGGUGGUGUCUGAGUUGUCGACCGAUGCGUUUCUGGCCGCAUUUGACCGUUUUGUGGCACGCCGCGGUCUGCCGAGCGAUAUAUAUUCUGAUUKCGGUACCAAUUUUGUGGGGGCCGAUAAGCAAUUAAAAAAGUUAAUCAACAGCCCUGAAAGUCAGGUCGCUAUUGCCAACUCACGUUCUGCGUGUGAAUGGCAYUUCAACCCACCCAGCGCUCCUCAUUUCGGGGGUCUGUGGGAGGCUGCGGUGAGGUCGACAAAGCGUCUACUUAUACGGUGCAUGGGUACACAUAUUUUCACAUACGAAGAGUUAAAUACAAUUUUGUGUCGGGUAGAAGCUGUCCUCAAUUCCCGCCCACUCACACCGGCCUCUACUGAUCCGCACGACCUAGACU